AUGGAAUUCACUGAUAAAGCUGAGGAUAAAGAACAAGAUGAUGAGGUUCCAGAGGGAUCUGAUCAGAAUAAUGUAUUGGAGGUCUUGCCAUUAGCAAAGCUAACAUCAACUACACCUAUUUCUUUAUCUCAUGUCUCUAAUUCUUCAAGUGAUUCCAAAGGAAUCAGUUCAGAUGAUUUAGGAACUGAUAAGAGAAGAACGUUAUAUUGCUUAUGUGGCAAGGUUGAUGAUAGCGAUCCAUUAUUACCUUCAGAUGAUUUUGAAUUUAAUGACAAUCUGUUUGAGGAAGCUUGUAAAAAGUGUUCUGAA